GGACAGAAAGUUUCUGAUUUUUGCAAUGUUACGUAGAUGGAAAAAAGCUGUCCUUGAAAUGGUCUUGAUAUGUUCUUCAAAAGAGAGAUCAGGGUCCAGAGUAACGCCGAGGUCCUUCACAGUAGCACCCUCAGCACCUGUAGCACCCUCAGUAGCACCCUCAGCACCAUAGCCAUUUCCUGUGGCUAUGCCCUCAAAUCAAAUCUGAUUCAUAUCGGGCAUAUCAGAGGUGGGGCGGCAGGGUAGCCUAGUGGCUAGAGCAUUGGACUAGUAACCGGAAGGUUGCAAGUUCAUAUCCCCGAGCUGACAAGGUACAGAUCUGUUAUUCUGCCCCUGAACAGGCAGUUAACCCACUGUUCCUUAUGUGCCCACAUUGAAAGUAAGAAUUUGUUCUUAACUAAAAAAUAAAAAAAAAUUUAAAAGAGGUGGGACCGGGACCUUUGUUCUGUUGACCUUUACUACGACACCAAUACUUACUGCCCCUUAAAACUCAACAUUGGUGUUGAGGAGAAAUGUAUCACUGUGUGUGUGUGUGUGUGUGUGUGUGAAGGGCAUUAUAAUAUCAUUAGAUGCUAAUACACUUUGAAUAUUUGUCUAGGGUAUUGGCCAUCAACCUUUUACUGCAUUAAAAGUCUCUAUGAAAUGUGAACUUAUGUGCCCACAUUGUUUUCCUUUGUCCUAUAUUAGCAUUUAACAAGUGCUGGAAACUCUGUGGUCCAUACACAGAUUAAAAGAUGGGUUUUUAUUUAUGUUAAAUAUUUGUUUGUAUUGAUGUUAUUUAUUAGGUUUAACUAAAGGGGAAAAGUAAGUUGUGUUAAAUACAGUAGGUUGCAACUUGAAAUAUAGAUUUGUUAAUCAUAUAACAUAACAGUUGGCGUUGAAUCAUAUAUUUGGUUUCAACAAAUGUAGUUUUUUAUUUUAUUUAUUUAGAACAUAACUAAUUUACUUGUAACUUGUUGAAGCAUAUCUUUUUUUACAGUACAGGCCACAUAGGCACCAAUACUGUCGGCAGUUUUAUGGAUGAUUAGGCCUACAUUUUACAUCUCACAUGUGGGCUAUAUUAUAGGCCCAUAGCCAACCUAGACAUAUUUAUUAAGUAACCUAUAUGGACCACUGCCACAGCUACGUAAAGGCAACUCCGAACACUGGAUGUAUUUAGUUGAUGUUUAGAAUAGUUCAACAAAAGAAGUGUAUGCAGAACAUCUCACAUGGGUCGGGCCCACUGUCCUCCAUAUUUUGUCCUCGAGCGCUUCCUCCCUCUUAUCCUCAUCCAUCCAGCCCUGCACUUUUCCCUAGAAUGGUAUGCCCCAGAAUGGUAUGCCCCGGCAUGAGCCUAUUGAUGCGAUAUGUCUCCUCCGUACCCUCUGGUAGCUCAUUAUUAUUCUUGUCGGCACUCUGCAAAGCCUCGAAUGUGGAUUGGACGAAGAUGUAGGGGAGUGAGUAUCAAAAUGAGGGACGCCGAAGGAGUCGUUUUUGGACAAGAUGCGGACAGAAUGGUUGGGGCAGUGCUUCGUAGGAUGCUGAGGCUUUUCGAUGGUGGAUUCUUGUGGAUGGGAAAUGCUCCCUAAUCUUCCCUGCCCUCCUCCUCCCUCUCCUGAAAACCCCAAUCCAUCUCUCGUUCUCACUUUCUCCAUCACUCCAUCACUCCCUGGUCGCCAUGACGUCCUCGCUGCAAACGCUGGGGCUUAAGCUGGCCCCGCCCCCUCAGGACCUAAACCCUGAGCGGUUGGACGGCUGCGAGGAGACGGGCCGGCGCUACAAAGUGGUUCCCUCCGUCGUGUGUUCCAUGUGUUGCCUCUUCGGCAUCAUCUACUGCUUCUUCGGCUACCGUUGUUUCAAGGCGGUGAUGUUCCUGACGGGCCUGAUGUUCGGCUCCAUCGUCAUCUUCCUGUUGUGUUAUAAGGAGCGCGUCCUGGACACCCAGCUCAGUGUUGAGGCCUCUGUGGGCAUCGGCCUGGGCAUCGGCACCCUCUGUGGCCUGGUCACCAUGCUGGUUCGCUCCGUGGGUCUCUUCAUGGUGGGUCUCCUCCUGGGCCUCUUGGUGGCUGUGGCCACCCUGGUGGGCAUGGAAGAGCUGUCCAACAGCCCCCCAAGGUCGGUCUGGGUCCCCCUGGGGGUGCUGCUCGGCCUGGGCAUGCUGUUCGCCGUUCUCACCCUCCAAUGGCAGCGCUUCUUCACCACCGUGUCCACGGCCGUGUUCGGGGCGGCGGUGAUCACCGUGGCGCUGGACUACUUUGUGGAGCUGUUUGCCCUGGUGCUGUACCUGUACGAGAGGGUGAAAGCGGCGCCCAGGGGGAGACCCGUCUGCUGGAUCACCUGGGUGGUGCUGGGGGUGUGGCCUGUUCUGACGCUCCUGGGAGUGCUAAUACAGUGGAAGGUGACAGCAGAGGGAUACUCCCACACCAAGGUGAUCAUCAGUCGUCAGCAGCGGCGGGUCCAGCUGAUGCGUAUCCGUCAGAAGGAGGAGCGGAGGGACCGCAGCAGGAAGAGGAAGAAUAAGCAACAGAGAGACUCCACCCACAGCUCUCACCCUCCCAAACCCCUGCACCCUGAGCCCGCCUAUCGCAGGAAACCCAACCCUAUACGACGCUUUGACGGGGACGUCCUAUCGCCUAGUUACAUCCAGAGUUUCCGGGACAGACAGGUGGAGGCUAGGCCGUAUCCUGGAGGGGGCAGACUGAUGGGGGGAGGGGCUCACACCAAUGUGGAUGUGGACUAUGACUGCGGCUCCACCACGCCCCUCACUGCGGCUGCAGGCCCCUUACUACGAGUCUGAACACUCCCCUAACCACUGGUCUGACCACACACCCCAGAAACCUGUACAGCAGUAUGAAUCUGGCAGCCACAUCACACCCCCCAAAAGGUGUGACCACACCCCCGUAGGCCUGUAUUGCAGUUUAGGUCUGACUGACCACUCCCCCACCACAAUGCUGGAGCCAAUCAGAGUAUGUGAAUAGUAAAGGUCUAAACUCUUUUUUUCUGUUUCACACACACACCAGCCACAUGCAUGAAAAUACUGUACACACAUCCACAAACACUGCAGUGGAACUGGACCUGGUGGACAGAGAGAGAAAUACAGGGCCUCCAACUGGAUGGAUAGAUGUUAGCCGAGGCUUCUCUCUCUCCAUCCAGCCUCCAGCCAGUCUCCAUCAGGACACCGUUUAAAGAAGCAUGGCUCAGGUUUCGAACGAGGCAUCGUUUUACCACGGACACCGGAAUACAAUCGUCUCUCUUCAGGAUUUUGAAAAGAUUUUAAAGUGUGUUAACUGCUCGGCAGUCUUAAUUCCUCAAAUCGUUCUCUGUCCUCAACAGGCAGUUCCUUUGUACUGCAUUUCUAUGGUUCCAUCCUUCUAUGGAGUUGGGACCUUUUGAUGAGAACUGACUAGUAAUAAACACCCCUGCUCUGUGCCAUGCUCUGUGCCAUGCUCUGUGCCAUGCCAGCCCAACAACAGAUCACCUCCUGGGAAGGAGAAGAAUAUGUGUCUUUUAAGAGGAAGCAUUAUGCAUUCUUGGUGCUGGGUGAUAUCCGUCUUUGGAAAGCAGGUUGAACUCCCCCUUCUUUAACGGAGGUUGGGAGAUCCGGUGGAUUUAUGGGUGCCUUGUGAUUGCCCUUACUUGGACUGUACCAUUCAGCGGUGGGAUAGGGGUUAUCGGCAGUGGUCACUGAAUGAGACAUGUGAGAGACUAUAUGAUAACGUGCUAUAUUAUUAUAGUGACAGACAACAAAGUUGUUGCGAUAGGAAUGAGGGUAGGCCUAUGUCUAGCAGAGGAGCAACAGUGAACCAAUCAGGGAGCAAGCAAGGAAACAGUGGAUGGGGAUUGGUCUAACCUGCCCGGGGCUCUACCAAAAGGAACACUACAGGAAGUCAGCACGGGGUCAAUAAAGAGUUCAAAACAGAAAGGGGUCAGAAUAAAAGAUCGACCAAUACAACGAGAGUAUUGACCACUCCCCCUCCACUCUACAGAGAGGACCAUUCAGGUCACAGAGGAUAGCCUAACAAAGAACCCCUACAUAAUGUGCAUUGGUGUUUUGAAUAUGGGCCAAAACAUUCUGUCUGUAGUGUAUCAGUAAAUGACAGGACGUCUAUGGUUUUAUUCUUGUCUUUGACUCAGACUGUGAUAAUAUAAUACAGGCUUGUUGUUAUUAUUAGGAUUGCCCCCAUUGGGCUGUGGUGUCAGGGCAUGGUAUAAGAAUCGGAAGUUCCUUUCCCAGAAUCUUCCAGGGGAAACCUACCUGGCUGCAUGACUCAGUGGUUCCUUCCUGUUCCUGUCCCCCUCUCUUAUCUGUCUCCCGUGGCAUUGUCCUCCUCACCUCACCAGACAAUGGUUCCUAUCCCCCUCUAGCCUGAUCGCCCCACAUCUAACAACCACGUGCAUAGUUCGUAACACUUCUCAUGAAUGGCUUCUUUAAUAAUGCAUUAUAAGCACAUGUAUAAUGCCUUAUGAGCUAUGUAUAAUGCACUAUAAUGCAUAGAGAUUAAAUUGUUAUUCAUGAGCACUUAUUAUGCGCUUAUUGUACAUUAUGAAGAGCGCAUUCUUAGGAAGUGUUAGCAAAUUAGCCUGAGUGCCAGUCUUGUUUAAGCCAUCAUGUCAACUCCUUGCCACUCAAUGUCUUGUCAAACAUGCUUUAGCAUGACAAUGAGUGACAAGGAGUUUGCUUGGUAGCACAAGCAGAUCUGGGACCAGGCUAUGACAGAGAUGGCGGUACAGCACAAACAGUAGAGAUGUGUAACUCCUCACUAUCUCCCUCCGGUGUGCAUUCUUCUGACCUUCUGUCUUGUACAUAAACAACACUGUUACAGUACUUUUUUCCUUGUAUUUCUUGCUUAAUUUGAUUGUUUUAGUUUUUCUCAUGGGUUUAUUUUAGGAUACUUGAUUUUAUUUAUAUGAAAUAAUGUGUCCUUUCUGAAGUACUGUAUGUAUAUUUAUUAAUCAGGUAAUUUAUUGACAUUUUGACUUCAGGAGUGCAGCCUCAUAAAUGUAGGCUGGUGAUAUUCCAUGCUUCUUAUUAAAAGUAUUAUUAUUAUUAUUAUUAUUAAAGCAUGUGUUUUUAUGGGCCUAUAUAUGAUAAACAAAGUGAUUCUACAAUGUCUUUGGCUGUUAAUUCAACACACACACACACACACACACACACA